UGCUAUGAUGGAGAGGAGGGGCUCAUUGUAGCUCCCCCAAUUACAGGGGGACUUGGUCAACAGAAGAUUGAAGCCUCUCUCGUCUCCUCACUCUUCUCCGGCUAAAUUCUGAAAUUCCUAUUCUUAGAAUCUGAUUGUAAAGCCUGAGGUGAAUCACCAAAUCUCCCAAAGCCACACAACAGACACCCCCCACCAUGACACACCACCGUCACAAAACGAAACAAAGCUACCCAAGAAACAACUCACAGAACGCCCCAUUCUCUCCGGACAGCGGCACGUUUCUUCCGGAGGUUUCGUAUUUCCGGCUAGGCAAUGGCCGCUGUUCGUCUUCUUCUCAGGUCUCACCUUCUUAUCUUCUUCUUCCUCUUCCUUUCCUUCUUCCCUCUUUCCCUCUCCUUGUCAGAGAAUGAGGCUCUCCUCAAACUCAAGAAAUCUUUGGUCCAUACUGGCGCUCUUGAUUCUUGGGUUCCCAGCUCUAAUCCUUGCCAGGGCCCAUGGGAUGGGCUCAUCUGUUUAAAUGGCAUUGUCACUGGUCUCCGUCUUGGGAGUAUGGAUCUUUCCGGGAACAUCGACGUUGACGCGUUGAUUGACAUCCGUGGCCUUCGGACUAUCAGUCUUACCAACAAUUCAUUCUCUGGUCCACUGCCGGCGUUUAAUCGUCUCGGUUCUUUGAAGGGUCUUUACUUAACUAGGAAUCAGUUCUCCGGCGAAAUACCUUCUGAUUACUUCUCCACUCUGACGUCUCUGAAGAAACUCUGGCUCUCUAAAAACAAAUUCACGGGACAAAUUCCGAAAUCGGUGAUGCAGCUAACCCAUCUUAUGGAACUGCACCUCGAUGAUAACCAAUUCUCAGGGCCCAUUCCAUCUACACUGCCACUGUCGCUAAAGUCUCUCGGCCUGUCAAACAACAAACUGGAAGGGGAAAUUCCAGAGACUUUAGCCAAAUUUGACGCCAAAGCAUUCGAAGGAAACGAGGGGCUUUGCGGGAAGCAACUGGGCAAGCAGUGUGAGCAUGCAAACAAGGCAUUAUCGCCUUCGCCUCCACCUCCGCCUCCGCCUCCGCCUCCAGAGAUCGAGAAAUCCAAGAUCAACAUCUCAAAGGUCAUGACCAUGGCGGGGAUAGCAUUCUUAAUGAUAGCCCUCUUGGUCUUCACGUUGCUCGUUUCGUCGAGCCGCAGAGAGGAGGAGUUCAACAUUCUGGGCAAAGAGAACCUGGACGAGGUGGUGGAAAUACAAGUAUCAGGGUCGACCCGAAAGGGCGCCGAUUCGUUGAAGAAAGCAAACGGAUCAAGCCGGAGAGGGUCCCAGCACGGGCGGGCCAGCGUGAGCGAUCUGGUGAUGAUAAACGAAGAGAAGGGUUCCUUUGGGUUGCCGGAUUUGAUGAAGGCCGCGGCUGAGGUUCUGGGUAACGGUGGGUUGGGGUCGGCGUACAAGGCAGUGAUGGCGAAUGGCCUGGCGGUGGUGGUGAAGAGGAUGAGGGAGAUAAAUAGAUUGGGAAGAGAUAGCUUUGACGCCCAGAUCAGAAAGAUUGGGAGACUACGCCAUGAAAACAUACUGACUCCAUUGGCUUACCAUUACAGGAAAGAGGAGAAGCUGCUGAUCUCCGAAUACGUUCCCAAAGGCAGCCUACUCUACGUCAUGCAUGGUGACCGUGGAAUUUCUCAUUCUGAGCUCAACUGGCCGACCCGGUUGAAGAUCAUACAGGGAAUAGCCAGUGGGAUGAAUUUCCUCCACACCGAAUUCGCAUCCUUGGACCUGCCCCAUGGAAAUCUCAAGUCCAGCAACAUUCUUCUCGAUGAACACUACGUACCACUUCUCACAGACUACGCCUUUUAUCCAUUAGUCAAUGCGACCCAAGCCUCCCAAGCCAUGUUCGCAUACAGGGCUCAAGACCAACAUGUUUCCCCCAAGUGUGACGUCUACUGUCUGGGAAUCGUCAUUCUUGAAAUCAUUACUGGGAAAUUCCCCUCCCAGUAUCUCAGCAAUGGCAAGGGAGGAACUGACGUUGUCCAGUGGGUCAAAUCCGCCAUUGAAGAGAACAGAGAGACGGAGCUGAUAGACCCAGAGAUAGCAAGUGAAGCUUCAGAAAGGGAGAUGCAGCGGCUCCUCCAGAUCGCCGCUGAAUGCACUGAAAGCAACCCUGAAAAUCGACUAGACAUGAAGGAAGCCAUUAGGAGGAUACAGGAGAUAAAAGUUUGAGGCAUUCCAAAGAUGUUAGAUGAAUUUAUAAAAGCAGCUCUGUAGUUUGGUAUAUGGGUGGGAAGAGGGCUGUGAUCAUCAGCAGCGUCUUCUCCAAAACAGGACAGCUUUGAAAUCAGAAGAGGCCAAGCUUUGUUUUUGGAACUUCUUAUCUAAUCAACACCCCCAUGAAUCUUGGAUGGCAUUGCAGAAGCUUUGGCCAUGCUUUUUGCCCUUUUGUUUUGUUUUUGUUUUUUUUUUUCUGAAGACAGCACAAGGUUCAGUUCUUAAUGUGUCAUACACUAACUUUUUAUACAGAUUUGAGUUUUGUUCUUGCAAUUCUUCAGAUUGCCAAGUUGUGAAUUCUGUUCAUUAUCAUUUCUUAAUUUCAAUGUUUUUUUCUUCUUCUU